GUAGUGUGAACAUUAACUUCGUAUUGAAUACAUCUUUAAAACAGAUAUACGCUUAGAAAAUGUUCAUAAAAUUUGUUCACGCGUUCAUUAUUUUCAGUAUGCUUUUGCGCGUACAUUACAUCUUGUGUGCUCAGCAGAUUGCUGAUGGUUCUACAAAUGGAGCUGGUGUUCUUGCGAGUGGACAGCCUGUGAAAACAGUCUUAGUAGGGGCUGGAUUUUCGAAUGGACCUGAUGUUGGCAUACAGAGUAAGCCUGUAAAAACAGCGUUGGUAAAGAAGGUUCGAGAUGUGAUGAAAAAGAAACUACACGUUGGUGAUGAAAAUGAUGACCUACUAGACCUGCCAGAUGUCAAAAAAUGGUUUGAGAAAGAAUAUACAUCCAAGAAGAAAGAGUUUAAUCCCCAGGAUACCGCGCAGAUAGAAAGUGCUGCUUCUAACCUUGCGACCAUAUGGUGCGCCUACUGUCAAAAUCUUCAACGUUGUCCCUGUAUUCGUCAGUAUUGCAGCAACGUCACUUGCUAGGCCGUUUGGAUGGUCGCGAUGUGGUAGCAGUAUUUAUAUUAACCCAUGGAUUCGUCUUUAUUAUGUGGUCACUGAAGCAAUAAGUAUGUGGUCGCUGGAGCAAUACAAUUAUCAAAUUAUCAGA